CCGUCGUGGCCGCGCAGGACAGAGAGACAACAGCGGUCGCCGCUGCAUGAGUUGACGCCCUCAAACGACACCUGCCUGAGUCACCAGCAGGCGGCGCACUUGCAAAGGCGCUGGCUGCGACACACACGCGCGCGCGCGCUCGCUCGCGACGGACGGCUGGGCGUCUUGGUCUCCCUUCCUUUCGAAGGUGCAAAGCCGAACCAGCCAGCCAGCCAGCCACGCCGCAUACUACUAAUCAAAACCAGGAGUCGAGAAGCUGCCCGAUGCCGCUUUCUACCCGAUCCUGACAACGACGACGACGACGACGAGAACUCCUGCGCGACGAGCACGCGAGCGUAUCAACGUGAAGCUUCUUCGCCUUUCACCUCAUCCUUCUCCUAGCGGCAGCGCCAGUCUCCCUCGCCAUGACCGCAGCGACCGCCACCGUGGCCCUGGCCGCCGUGCCCCCCGCCGCGUGCUGCCCGAGCUGCGGCUUCGACAUGGCCGGUGGUGGUGGCAGCACCAACACCAACACCAGCAGUAGUGAUGACGCCGCCGCGCAGCAAGCAGAGCUCCUCGCCGCCCAGGCUCGCAUCCAAGAACUCGAGUCGCACGUCCGCCAGCUCAACAUAAAGGCCACCGCGGCGGUCGAGCGCUGGGCCGGGUACGAGGCGGAGCUGGCCAAGCUGCGCUCGCAGCAACAACGACAGCAGCAGCAGCAGCAGCAGCAACAACAACAGAAGCGUGCGACGCCCGCGCCUCUCGCCUUAUCCGGCCCGUCGUCGGCGGCUGCCUCUCCCUCCGGACCCGUUGUCAGCCCCACGCGCGCCUCUUUCCUUCAGUCCGCGCCGGGCCGCCUCUCUGCGCUCCUCUACCCGCGCAAGUCGACGCCCAACCUCCGUGGCGGCGGCGGCGGCGGCGAUGUCACUGCGGGACCUGCUGGAUCUCCCACCAGCGCCGCGGCGGGACCAACGAGCACCACGACAGAGGGCCUGCUGGAGGCGCUGACGCGGGAGCAGGCGCUGCGCCGCGAGGCCGAGGGUCGCCUUAGCGCCACGAGCCGCGAGGUCGAGGAGCUGAGCGUGAGCCUCUUCGAGCAGGCAAACGAGAUGGUGGCCGAGGAGCGGCGCGCGCGCGCCCGCCUCGAGGAGCGCGUCGGCGAGCUGGAGCGCCGCGACGCGGAGAAGCGGAGGCGCCUCGAGAGGCUCGAGGGCGCCAUGGGCCGCAUCGAGCGGGUUAGGGACCUCCUGGAGGAGAGCACCAGCGACGGCGGCGGCGGCGCCGAUGAGGUGGCACCAUCGUGAGUUUCCGGGCUCUCCCGACCCUGCUGUGACGUUUGCUGGCGAGAUGCUGUAAAAAGAAGCAGCAAGGAAAUACUUGCCUAAAUGAACGCGAAAAGGAUCGGGGAGGAAGACAAAGGCGGCAUGACAUGACACUUAUGAGACUAUGAAACGUGGUUUGGUUCGCGCGCGCCAUGCAUGACACAUGGGCUCGACAGGGCAGGAAAACACCGAGGGAGGGAUUCUGUGGUUAUUAGACGCAUGACAGGCUUACAAUAGGCGUAAACACAACAAGCAUGAUACCACGAUCCACAUACACACACACACACACACACACACACACAAGAACAACAAUG